UCCUCUUCCUUCUCUCUUUCCUGUCGUCGCGGGAACGGGAUUGGGAUCCGUCUGAGCCGCGUAGUCCGAUUCCAAGUCCAAAUAUUUUUUCCGUAGUCCCCACUCCAAAAUUUCCGUCGUUCUUGGAUUCGGACUCAUCUCCUACUCGAAUUAGAGCUGAGCUGGGGCCUCGGUAGGUGGGUUGAGCUUCCUAUUAUAUAUACAAGUGCUGCCUGCCCCUGCUCCUGCUAGGUUGAACUAAAGCUGUGCGGUUGAUAGCUGCGGAAGCGAUUCAUCGUUCAGAAGAUCCGAUUUUGCAAUUUCUCCAAUGGGGACGUGUAGCUUAGUGAGGAUGAUGAGCUUAUUGCAGCUAGACUUGAGAAUUUUGCGUACGCUACUGGCUCUUUCCCCCCCUCCCAGUUCACAUUGGAAAUUCAGAAAACACCCGCCAUUGAUGCUGAUGGAGACCGAGACCGUGGUGGAAAUAUUGCCGGAGCCGCCGCUGAUGGAGACCGAGACUGUGCUUGAAACACUGCUGGAGCUGCCGCUGGAUGUAUUGAUGGAUAUCUUUUCCCUCCUGGAGCUUCCUGACCUCAUUCGUGCGAGCUCUGUGUGCUCCUUCUGGCGCUCUGCUUAUAGUACUCUACAUAACCAGCUUGGGCAAUAUAAGCGGCCCCAGACACCUUGCCUCCUCUACGCCUCCGAAGCCGAUGGUGAGAACGUAGCUUCUCUCUACAGUCUUGCAGAAAAGAGGGUCUACAAGCUAACUCUUCCGGAUCCACCUAUCCGUAGUAGGCAUCUCAUUGGGUCCUCCCAUGGCUGGUUAGUUACUGCUGAUGAGAAGUCCGAGCUUCACCUUCUCAAUCCGAUCACUGGUCAACAGAUUGCCCUCCCCUUGGCGAUCACCAUCGAGCAAAUAGAGCCGAUCUUAGAUAGUGCCGGUGCAGUUAAUAAGAUUAAGAUGUGGGAUCUAGCGCCGAACGAUGAUCCGAAUGAGUUUUCUGACUGCCUCUACAUCAGGGCAUUUGUGUUUCCUGAUCCACCCACGGGAAGCUACAUUGUGGUUAUCAUCCACAGUCCAGAGCAAUAUCUUUCGUUUUCAAGGGUAGGUGAUUAUAAAUGGACCUCGCUGCCGGGCGAGAACUAUGAACAAUGCAUCCACAUGGAUGGUCUAUUGUAUGCAUUCACAGAAAACGGAGGAGUUUAUACUUUUGAUCUGACCGGUUCUACCUUCACAAGGAAUAUUAUUGCAGACGAGUUGCAGAAUUACAAGACGGAUGGGUACACGUACUUUGUUCAGGCUCCAUGGGGUGAUCUGUUGCAAGUUUGCAGAGCAUUAGAUUUCACACCCGAAGUGUUCAUAAAGACUAAGAAAGUACUAUUUUAUAAAGUUGAUGUGGCAGCAAAAGAACUUGUGGAAAUGAAUGGCUUGCAUGAUCAUGUGCUGUUUCUUGGGCGUAGUCAGUCGCAAUGCCUUAGUACCGAGGAAUAUCCACAACUGAAGCCAAAUCGUGUUUAUUUCACGGACGACAUGACAUAUAUUUCGAAGUAUAAGAAUAAUGACCGGGAUAUAGGUAUUCUCAACUUGGAAAAUGACAAUAGGGAAGAUGUACCUAAGCUUUGGUGCAAUUGGCCAAAUCCCAUAUGGAUGACACCCAACCUCACAAGGAUUAACAUGGCUUUGGACAAAUAGUGAGUUUAUUACAAUUUUGUAGUUAGCUUCUCGGAUGCUAUUAGAAACUGUCCAAUAGAGCUUUUUGGACCAAAUUUCCAAAUUUUAUGGGCAAAUGCUAUGAAAACGGAGGCAUGUUCCGUUUAUAUGUUUUUCAUACCUGGUUUGCUAUAUUUUAAAUGGCUUUUAUUUUCUGAAUUGUCCAAUAUCUUUUGUCUCAGUGUGCAUAUGUUUACGAUACUAAGCUUCUCCAUUUAGGACAGGUCUAACAUGGAACCACAGUUUUAUAUUUUCUUUCACAGAACCACAUGUAUUUAUGUGGAUCGUUUAUUCAUUUUAUCUAACCCAAACCUACCAUUUCACCACUCGUAACACAAAAAGUAACAUGUAGACCAUAUCAGCUCAUACGUCGCCUAUGUGUCAUCUCACCGCCAGUGAUUCAUGAAUCACGACGUCGUCUUGCGUGACUCUCUGUGCUAAGUAUGGACCAUGUAAGCUCAUACACGGCGCAGAGAUACCACACAAGCCCAAGUGUAUGUGUUGUCUCCACACCGGUGGUCCACGGUGUUGGCGCCUCGUCGGGUGGCUCUGCUAUGUAUGGACUGAUAUGUGGGCGCCACAUCAGUUUUUUUUUUAAUUAGGAGUGGCCAAAGAGUAGGUUUCGAUUAGAUUAGAUGAUCAAAACAUGUAGUUAUGUCCAAAAAAUUCCAAAAAUUGGUUUUUCCGUGUUAGACCUGCCCUAAUUGUGUUCUGGUUUUCUGUAAUUUGUCAUAUUGUUUAAAUAACCUUUUAGUCUUUUGUGAAAUUAGUGUGCAACUGGUAUUCGAUGGUUUAUACAGAUCCGUUAUUUAUAUGACCUGGCAACAAAUCCAAUUUGAAAAGGGUUUAUCCUUGGUGUUCAAGCCUGCACUCCCUUUUUUCUUAAACAAUCUGGAGAGGUUAGUAAGAUAUUAUGAAAACUGAAAGAGCAAUGCAUAGCCACAAUCUGGAGAGGUUAAUAAGAUAUUAUGAAAACUGAAUGAGCAAUGCAUAGCCAAUCCACACGUGUCGCAUGUGCAAACCCCACAAACUUUGGAAGUUUCAAGAAGAAAAAGGAAGUUUGGCAUUUGGGCAUGUUAUAAAUGAUUUUUUUCCAAGACUUGCAAAUGUGCUUCCAAGUUCAUUUGAGAAUUAGCUCAAGGUACAUACAUGGGAGGAACAAGUAUGCAAGGAUAUUAUCAUAGCUAGAUUGACGAGUGAUAACUAUGGUAUGCUCUAAGUUGAUUAUUCAGCUAUACUGCAAUUCUAACAGAAUAUGAUUAAUGAGCAUCAGUGAUUCUGUCGACAGACAUGCUUGUUUUUUGCACUCAAUCUGUUUUUGAGGUCUGUUUCUUCGGUAGCUCAAAAGCAUUGACCUCCAACCUUCUGCUAACUUUGUUUUCCUGAAGAUGAGUUCUCUAUCCGCAAAAGUUUGCGAGCAAUUGGCAAGCUAAAACACAUUUCUAGUGUUGUAAGUAUUUAAAUUUUGCUUCUAGAGUUGUUCAUUCGCUGAAAGCUGUUUCUACAUACGAUUGGUGUUAGCAUACCACUUGCCCGUGUGAUACUUAUGUCUUAUGCCCUUUACAUUCAGAAUAUAAACAGGAGUAGUGAGUCCUACAUAUGGCCCUAAGAUGAGUAUCUAAGCCAAUAUUUGGACCUAACUCCUAAUCUAGAUAAUCCUGAUCUCUGUAUACUUGAUCCCUAUCUUCCUCGUCUCUAAAUACAAUCAUAGCAUAAUCAUCCCCUCCUUCAAAUAGAAAUACAUGGGGAUUUCUAUUUUGAGGAGAUGAUGUUUUCACCUUGUAUAAUUUACAUAGAUUUCCCGAUUCUCCAAUAGCUUUGAGUUCUUUUUUCUUCCCCACUGAAUAUUAUUGCUUUAUCAGCUGACUGUUGGCUGU